AUGAAGCUAGCUUUGGCCCAUCUGGUGCUACUAGGAUGCCUCGUAGCAGCUACUCCUACACCAGACAUAAUUGGAUCUGAUCUCGCAUUUCUCUUCCAAAAUGAUCUGAACUGGCCUGCUGCUCCCGACCAUAGCGGCACCAUUCUUGUCAGUAAACCUCUCGCAAAUGAUCGAGCUCUCGCGGCAUGUAAUCAGCUCGCUGAAAGCUUUCUACCCACCAAUGGAACGUAUUUCGCUUCUGAUAUUACCAACAUCCUUCAGUAUCUUGCACUUGAGGACGCUAACCCAGGCCAGCAAUAUUGGGUCGCUUCUGGCUCCGCCACGGAGUGCCUUUCAAUUUCAGAGUCUGGAAAAAUAUCUGUGGACUGCGAUGAAAAACUUCCUGCAUUCUGUUCGCAAAGCGCGCCAUACCGGCCAAACACUGACACAGACCUUAGUCCUGAUUAUUACAUCCAAGUGAAUUCUGGAAGUCUGGAAGUAUUAGGCACUCGAGAUCACCUCUCAUUCCGGUUCAUUGGCAUACCCUACGCGGAUCCAUUUGAACGUUUCACAUACUCUUCUGUUUACAGCAGCCCUGGGAACCUCACUGCGCUCGAGUAUGGUUCACCUUGCGUGCAGAUUAAUUAUGGGAGCGAAGAUUGUUUGUUCCUCAAUGUGUACACACCUUACCUUCCAGCGUUUCCAAUCAACCCCGAGAGGCUCAAACCGGUCAUGUUCUGGAUCCAUGGUGGUGCCUUCACUAGUGGUGAAGGAAGUGAUUCAAUAUUCGAUGGUGGUAACAUAGUAAGUAGAGGAGAUGUUGUCGUUGUUACUAUCAAUUAUCGCUUGAGUACUCUUGGUUUCUUGGCCCUAGAGGACGGUGUUACAAAUGGAAACUUCGGUCUCGCAGAUCAGAUUACGGCUCUCAAAUGGGUCAAUGAGCACAUCGCUGACUUCGGAGGUGACCCGCUACGUGUCACUAUAUUUGGCCAGUCAGCUGGUGCAGGUUCUGUUCGAGCCUUACUCAUGGCUCCGCCUGCUUUUGGACUCUUCGCUGGUGCGAUUGCUGAAAGCAACUUGGAUGGUUUUGGUUAUGCUAGCACCUAUUCAAACUACUACAGUAUUGCUGAAGAAGCUUACAUCGCUGCCGACCCGUUGACUGCGUAUGUCAACUGUACAAAUAGCUCGGAUGUUUUAGCUUGUUUAAGAGGCAUAGAUGCACAGACUUUGGUGGAGGCACCAUCAGCACCGAGAUACAUCGUUGUAGAUGGUACAUAUAUUACCACCAAUCAACUAGAGCUCAAUGGUUCGGGGCUUACUGCGAAGGCUCACGUCAUCUUUGGUUGGAUGGCAGAUGAUGGUGCCGAUUUUAUUGGCGCAUAUCCAACUAUGAACACUACAGUAGACGACUCCAUCCAGGACCUUGGGAUUAGUGCAAACCUCACUGAGAUGAUCAUGUCUUCAGGUCUAUUUCCUGUCCCUUUUAGUGAUAACUACACAUUGGAUGUAUUCAAUGUUACCAGCCAUGUAGCUACUGAUGGAGAAUUUCGCUGCCUGGAUCAAGCUACCGUAUUAGCAUCAGCUAAAAAGAAGAUAUUUGAAUCUACUUGGACUUAUCAAUUCGAUAAGAGCUAUGGAGGAUACGAGCCAUUCCCUGAAGUGUGUGACCCACCCGUUACCCCGGAUUAUCCUUACGGCGAUCCCAACUUGCCAUAUUUCCGAUGCCAUUCAGGAGAUCUUUACUUUGUGUUUGGAACACUUGGCCAAUCCGCAUCUCCCUUCCGCGACUGGAAUGACCUUUAUUUUAGUCAAGUGACGGUUGAUAGCUGGACUGCGUUUGCUCGUUCUUACAAUCCAAACCCGUCUCCGCAAUAUCUUGCCGCUAGAGGUUAUGCUAACACGAGCGAUGCACUAUCGAAGUAUGGCUUAUGGGAGGAAGUAACAACCACAAACCCUACACCACUGAGGAUAUUGGACAUACCGUUACAACAGGUGCCAUUCCUAGAGCAGGAGCAGUGCGAUCUGCUUGGCUAUACCCUCCCUUAUUACGAGUAA